UUCAGUCAAUAUCAUAAUGUCGAACGUGAAGUAUUCUAUACUUCUCGUUGUUAUAUUAUGGUUUUCCCUCAGCAGUUCGGAAAAUCCUGCUAAACUUACUUUUGAAGAGUUCCGUGUGUUGUCGCAUAAUCAGCAAAUGGUUAGCAAUAUAAAAAAUGAAAUUAAACCCAAUGGUCGUGGAGGUUUUAAAGUUAGCUACUCCUUGAAUAUUUUGAAACCGAUUAAUAUGGAUGCGGCUAGAGUUACUGCAAAAGGAUUUACAUUCAAUAAAGAAACAAAUGAAUUUAAUACGAAUCCCUUAAAACUAGUCAAGAAAAUCUGUGAGGAGUUUAAGAAAACUUACUUUGUAGAUUUUUCAGACAUGGCAAACUAUGGAAACAUUACAGGAUGUGGAACUUUGCGACCUGGUUUUUAUGCUAUAAAAGAUUAUUCACCGGAAGUACGUCUUCCCGAUUUACGUAUCCUCACAGGUCGAUACAAAAUGAACACCGUUAUUCAGACAGGAAAGACGUUUCUUAUUGAUGUGGAUAUUUAUGCUCGAAUCGACUAGAUAAAUUAAUGAAAUUGGAACUAAUCAAAUCAAAACCGCAUCACCUUGACGUGGCGCAGUUUUAGAUCACACUUUUCUUUAUUCGUUUGAAAACAAACAUGGCAUAGUGAUAAAUAAAUUUCUGGACUGUGAAUUUGUUUCAGUUUCUCAAUCCUAC